AUGUUCUCGGAAUAUGCGUCACGGUUUCUCGCUCAAUCACAGUCCCGGUUUUCGAACUUCGUAGGGCCUGACAACGCAGAAGCUCCUCCACCACGGAACUCGAACGAACGACAUCGUCGUUCAAAUGAACCCUUACGAAAUCCUUCUCGAGGAUAUCCCCAGCGUUUGGGGAAUCCAUACCAGUCGGCAUCCCAUCUUUCGAACUUCAACUUCACCUCUAGAUACGCAGCCCCGCAAAACGCGCCUUUGUUCCAUAGUGCAAUGGAUGAGUUCCGGGAAGAAGACGAUGAAGAGGAAAGAGAACGAGAGACCGCGGAUUUUUUUGCCCUCCAGAGGUCAAGAAGGGUAUUUGCUCCGGCCAGGCUUGAGGAGAGCGAGGGAACCGAUCCCGAGGGUAGUAAUGGAUCAAUAGGUGACAGUGGUGACCAUGAUGGAAGAGCGUUCGAGGAUCGGGGGAGGGGACGUGGUAUUAAGAGCAGUUGGAAUGGAGGAGUGCGAAGUACAAGAGGGCGAGGUGUGGCCCCCGAAACAGUUGGAGAGGAAGUAGAGGGUGGAGACACUCGGCCAGCCAGUUCUGCGAGCAGCAAAGGAAAGGACCGUAUGGAAGAUGUUGGUCUUGAGUCCACCAUAGAAGACAACGACCCCCCAGAAGAUUUGGCUAUUGAGAUGCCUACCGAUGACGAGAGUCCGCCAGCGUUCCAACAAUUUCGAUCAGGGCCAAAAAAGGGAGCGAUCAGAUUACCAAAUGAUAAACGUGGAGACAAAGAUAUAGAAUCUGGUCUCGACAGGGGAGCCGGAAUACCGAGACCUCCAAGCUCGGUUGAUACCGUGCCAGCUACGAUAGCAACAACCCUUGGUGAAGCUCCAAGGCAUGACAUGUUUUGGGGUUCGUUAUAUUUGAUAUGUCUCGGCGCUUUAUUCGCAACUUUUGUCCUCGUUUUCCUUCACACAUCGCCUCAGAAGAAUCUCGGGGAUACCAUUUACACCACCUUGAACUCAUCUCUCCAUCUAUUCGCAGUAGAUACUGUAGUGUCGAUAAUAGUGUCACUCGUCUGGCUGGCAUUGCUGCGGUCGUUUGUAAGGUCACUGGUGUACCUGAUACUGCUUGCAGUUCCUGUGAUCUUGUUCUCGUUUUCUCUUUACCCUCUGAUUUCCAGCUACAAAGGUUCAGCCGGAGGGACAAGCUUACAGGACAAGGCAAUGCGAUGGCUAUCAUUUGUGCCGGGUAUAUGUGCCUUAAUAUGGUUGUACACCAUCUACAAAGGGCGCAAGUCGUUGGACAAAGCUGUGGGGAUAUUAGAAUUCGCGUCCAAAAUUUUGGCUGCAAACCCAGCUCUCUUUGGACUAGGAUUUGCAACUUUGGGAGCAGUCGUUGCGUGGACUUGGAUGUGGCUGGGGAUGUUUACAAGAGUCUUUCUCGGUGGGCACAAGUCAACAUCACUCACCAAGUUCAUCAUUGAUGCGACAAGUUGGUGGCUGGCAGUCUACUUUGUGCUUAUGUACAUUUGGACACUGUCAGUCAUUAGUGGGAUCCAAAGAGCGACCACGGCAGCUACUGUAUCUCAGUGGUACUUUCACCGCAAUGUGGUGCCAUCUCCUACCUCCAGAGACGUUGUUGGAGCAGCUUUGACACACUCGACAACUACGCUCUUCGGAACCAUCUCGCUAUCAACAUUUUUGGCUCUGAUAAUCCGCCUGCCUCUGCUCGUCCUCCCCCGUCGACUAGUGGGAUUGAUCUCGAUCCUCGCCUACUCUUUCGUGCCAACGCCCAUCGCAGCACUCACCAACCCUCUCACUCUCACAUACGCAGCUAUCCACUCCCAACCUCUACAUCCUUCAGCUAGAGGUUUAAGUCAGAUGACUUUCCUAACUCCGAACGCGCCAACGACUACGCUUACUCCGCGCUCGUUCAAUUCUCGCACCCAUAAGACCGCCCCUCUUCUACCCUACAGACUUGCAAAACUCCUGCUGCAUGCAACACGCUUCAUCAUGUCCAUGGCCCUCGGGUUUGGCGGAUGGGUAGCAACUGCCCGACAACUCGCAAUCACCAUGCCAGAAGGAACCGGCAUCAGAGGCAGUGCCUACGCAUACGUUGUCGGUCUAGUGGCGAGUUUUAUCGGCUGGGGAGUACUAGGGGCAAUGGAAGGUGUGCUGAGCGGCAUCGUGGAUGCAAGUGUGGUUUGUUGGGGCAGUGAGAAGGGGAUGGCUGGUGGAGCAGCAUAUUGUCUUGAGGCGGGGUACUUAUUUGGUGAGACACGGCCGAAUGGUUCGUGA